GGAGAGAUGUUAGAUUUCAUCUGCAGAUUUCACUUAUCCCACCUGGCUCUCCAUUGAAAGUUCUCCUUUUGAUCCCAAAGUUCAUGCAGUAUAGCCCAUAUAACAAAGCCAAGUUUGUAUCCAUAGAAUUAGCUCACAAGACCCAACAUUUUGCCACCCACCAUCUCUUCUGUCUUGUAGAGAGAGAGAGAGUUGAGAGAGAGAGAGAUGGCUGCUACAUCUGCUGCAGUGCUAAGUGGGUUGGGAUCAGCCUUCUUGACUGGAGGAAAGAAUAGCCAAACCUUGUUGUCUGCACCCAUUUCAGCUAGAGUUGGUGGUUCUGGCUCUCCCAGGAGGUUCAUGGUGGCGGCUGCUGCUCCCAAAAAGUCUUGGCUUCCUGGUGUUAAAGCUGGUGGCAACCUCGUCGACCCUGAGUGGCUUGAUGGCUCGCUUCCAGGUGACUUUGGUUUUGACCCACUAGGCUUAGGCAAAGAUCCAGCAUUCCUUAGGUGGUACAGAGAGGCUGAGCUCAUCCAUGGCCGGUGGGCGAUGGCCGCGGUCGUUGGUAUCUUCGUCGGUCAGGCGUGGAGCGGCAUCCCGUGGUUUGAGGCUGGUGCCGACCCCAGUGCCAUUGCACCCUUCUCCUUCGGGUCUCUCCUCGGCACCCAACUCCUCCUCAUGGGAUGGGUUGAGAGCAAAAGGUGGGUUGAUUUCUUCAACCCUGAGUCACAGUCUGUGGAAUGGGCUACUCCAUGGUCAAGAACUGCUGAAAACUUUGCUAAUGCAACCGGCGAGCAAGGCUACCCCGGCGGCAAAUUCUUCGACCCACUGUCCCUUGCCGGAACAAUCAAGGAUGGCGUUUACAUUCCCGACACCGAGAAGCUUGAGAGACUGAAGCUGGCAGAGAUCAAGCAUGCAAGACUUGCAAUGUUGGCAAUGCUAAUUUUCUACUUUGAGGCUGGGCAAGGAAAGACACCCCUUGGAGCUCUUGGUUUGUAAGAGAGAGAGAACUUGAAAAUGAUGUAAAAAGCAAAUGGAUUUAGUGAGAAAAACCAACGAGACUUAAAAGAUUAAUCCUUUCAUGAUUUGAGUUCCCCUGUGAAAAAUUCAAAUUCUUUCUACUUUGAUCUCUUUGUAAGAUAAUAAAUUCCACUAGCCAAUUGAUAAAAGAAAAAUGUGGUUUUUCAUGUAGAAAAACCGCAAGCAAUCAGAAAAGGCUUGCACCCUUGAGACAUUUCAACAAAAUCUGUCUUAAAUUUUUUGAGAUAGUAAGGCUAGCUCUGCAUACU